UACACCUCGGCCGGGAGGCGGGGAAGCGAACCACUGAGAUGAGGAGACCUCCUCGGUCCUAGAGCGGUGCAGGAAGUGUCCCAGGGGAGGGAGCCGGAGGGCUCCGGCCUUUCCUUUCCGCGGCGGCCCGGCCUGCGCGGCCCGCCAACCGGGACGCUGCGCAGCGGCGUCUCCCUUCACUCCCAAGCCUAGCUGAUGCAUUCUAGAGGAUCCCGAGACAGGGUUGGCCUGGCCAGAGACGGAGUCUGGCCCAUGCAUUGGAGCCACCUCGGCCAAGACACCAGAGAGACCGAGCUGGAAGUUCAAUUUGUGAAGACCUCAAGAACAGAGACAGUGACUUUGGCUCCAAAGAUUCAAGACUGUGGCCUGUUGGGGCUGGAUCCUCUAGGAGGACCUGUCCAUCAAAGGGUCGUCUUCUGCCGCUGACCCCCAUCAAAUCCCAUCAUGCCCACAGCCCUGUGCCCACGAGUCUUGGCUCCAAAGGAAAGCGAGGAGCCCAGGAAAAUGCGGAGUCCUCCUGGAGAGAAUCCCAGCCCUCAGGGUGAGCCUCCCAGCCCAGAGUCCUCUCGACGCCUCUUCCGCCGCUUCCGCUACCAGGAGGCCGCAGGCCCUCGGGAGGCCCUGCAGCGCCUCUGGGAGCUGUGCCGGGGCUGGCUGAGGCUUGAAAGGCACACGAAGGAGCAGAUCCUGGAGCUGCUGGUGCUGGAGCAAUUCUUGGCUAUCCUGCCGUGGGAGAUCCAGAGCUGGGUGCGUGCCCAGGAGCCUGAGAGCGGAGAGCAGGCUGUGGCUGCAGUAGAGGCUCUGGAACGGGAGCCAGGGAGACCCUGGCAGUGGCUCAAGCACUGUGAAGACCCGGUGGUGAUUGACGAUGGUGAUGGACCUGCACCUCAGGACCUAGAACAAGAACGAAUGUCACCUGAGUCCCAGAGCAGCCCUGAUGCCCCGCCUGGGGCUCUAGCACAGGGCCCUGGGCUCCUAAGCAGAUCACCAAGCCAGCCUAGUGAAGACCUAGUUCCGCAAGAUGCUUUCCUUGUUCAGGAGCAGAGUGUCAGGGACGCCCAGCCGGUGACCGCCUGCCAGCCUCCCCCGAACCGAGUUUCCCCAUUUAAGGACAUGAUUUUAUGCUUCUCAGAAGAGGACUGGUCCCUUCUGGACCCGGCACAGACUGGUUUCUAUGGCGAAUUCAUCAUCGGGGAAGACUAUGCAGUCUCCAUGCCUCCAAAUGAGCCUCCAGUUCUGCCGGGUCACUCACAUGAAGAGGAGAACGGGUUACGGGUCACAGAGUGGACAGACCUCCAGGAUAAAGAAGCGCCCCAGGCCUCCUGCUUAGACCUUCCCAGCCUCCAGCCAUUCCAAGAAGAAAGAAGGAAAUGGGAGGAGCUGCCGGUACCAGAGCUCCAGCCCUGCCAGCAGGUGGUGCUCCCUCAAAGUCCUUGUCCAGGAAGUGACUCACCACCCCUCAAGAACAGCCUGGACCAGGAGGUGACCAUAGAGAUCGUUCUGUCCAGCUCUGGGGACGAGGACUCCCAGCACAGCCCAUACUGCACCGAGGAGCUGAGGAGCCCUCCAGAAAACCUCCACAGUGCCCCAGCCCACCAGAGCAACACCAGUGCUGGGGGUGAGGUGCAAACCUCACAAAAGUCUUACGUGUGUCCAAACUGUGGAAAGAUCUUCCGCUGGAGGGUCAACUUCAUCCGGCACCUGCGCAGCCGCAGGGAGCAAAAACCACACAAGUGCUCAGUGUGUGGGGAGCUAUUCAGUGACAGCGAGGACCUGGAUGGACACCUAGAGACCCACGAGGCCCAGAAGCCCUACAGGUGCACUGCCUGUGGGAAGUGCUUCCGCCUCAACUCACACCUAAUCUCGCACCGACGGAUCCACUUGCAGCCGGCCAGACAGCAGCCCGUGAAGGAGAGUGAGGAGGACGCCUUGGAAACGGAGGGCACGGGUGCCCGUGAGCUGCUGGGGAAGAGGAAGGCCAAGCUGGGCUUCCAGUGCAAGGACUGUGAGAAGAGCUUCCAGCGGCACGACCAUCUGGUGAGACACCGUAGGCACUGUCACCUAAAGGACGAGACCCGUCCCUUCCAGUGUCGGUACUGUGUCAAAACUUUCCGACAGAAUUAUGACCUCCUCCGCCAUGAGCGCCUGCACAUGAAACGUCGCUCCAAGCAGGCUCUGAACUCAUACUGAGCAGGGUGUGGCCCACAAGCUAGCCUUGCCCCAGCAUAGACCCUUACCACCUGCCCUUUGCUCUCAGGUAGUGUCCAACUUCUGGUGCCAUGCCUCUUCCUCCCCAGACAGAAAGCAGAUGCCUGAGCAUCCCUUCUACUGUGCCAAACCCCAGGGAGGUGAGGCAACUGCAGCCUGAGAUCUGCAUCUCCAAGAUCUCUGGCCCUCAGAGGGACUGAGUUGCCCCAUCAUGGUGGCUUCUUGGGGUGGGAUGUGUAGAGUAGGGAGCUGGCCAAAAGCACUGACCAGACUAGCCAGGGGAGCAUCCCACAGAUCCACAGAUGGCCAGGCCACCGACCAUCAGGAGGUCACAUUUUUUAAAGUUCAUGCAUUUAUCCCCAUGCCAUCUUUGUACCCCAAGACCCUUCAGAAAUGUGUAAUGGAAACUGCCUGUCACCACUCAUGCUCCCCACUCUGUCUGGAGCUGAGAGCCUCGCCCCUCGAGGCUCCUGUGCUGGGUUUGCCAAGGCCCAGAACAGAAGCUUCUGUUGAAGUCUUGCCCUCCAUGGGUAGUGACUCCAUGCAUCUGUGUAGCUUCCUAGGGCUGUCGUCACUAGUACUAAACAGGCUCUUUCAACAGUGCGUGGCACUGUCCCAGUUAGGGAAUUUGCAGGGCCUGGGCUGGUUCUUUCUGAGGCUAGAACAGGGAAUCGUCCUGGGCCUGGUGGUCACUGGCACUUGUCUGUACCCUGGGGCUUGGACAAACAUCUCUCCAUCUUUGCCUUCAUCUCCACUGUGUCGGUCUCCAAGCUUACCUUUUAUUCAAGGAUCCCAGUCUUGGGUUGGGCUCACUGUGUCUACUGUAGCAGAGCCCCCCUUCACUUGGAGUGGCCAUUUCCAAACAGUCACAUUCUGAGGUACUAGGAGUAAGGACCUCAACACUGGGGUUUGGGCAGACAUAGCCUCAACUCCAGUUAAUCCCGUGGUGCUGGUGCUGUUCCUGCCUCAGAUGAACCAAUGCGCCCUAAGGCAGCGUGCUUGCCAUUCCUCUGAACGUUGGGCUCAGUUGUCUGCUUUCAGAGCUGCUGUCCUCUGCCAGGGAGAAGCUUCAUCCAUGGCCUUUGAGUUCAGAGCCACUCAGUGUGGCUGGGACUGGGCCUGAGCUGCAGCCAUGGGCUGGACCAGCUCUCAACCGUCAGGUCUGGGAAAAUGAAUUCGAGGCCUCAGGUGCUCUCCGUCCUGAUUUUCACAUCAGGAAGCCUCUCAUCCAGACCCAACCGGAGACUAGAAGACUUUGUAACAGUUUUUUGGUUUUUUUUUUUCUGCUCAGAGCAUUGCCCAGAAAUAGUAAAUGCAAUAAAACCAUUUGGUCACACCUUGGAGAAGAAAUAAACUGUUGAAUCUCUUAGUUUCUAAA